AUGGCUUUUUCAAGGUUGCCAGGGUUGUUGAAGGGCCAGAUGAUGUUGAGGAUACUCUGUCUCCUCCUCAUGGGUAUUCUCCUUUCUGUCGUCCUUUGGAAAGAUGGCUUUAACGGGCAGUCACUGUCUGAUCUCAGAAUACCACAGCAGUUCUCUUCGGACCUGCUCGGCUGCUCAGCUAUCAUCAACGGAGACAUCGAGGGCAAGAAAAGUGAAUUGGAAGUACUGCUGGCAUCUAGGAAAAGGCAGAACAUUUUAUCAGAGGAUUUCUACCUUAAUGUAACAAAAGACUGCCAAGCUUACAUUGAAAGGAGAGGUUUCAUUACAGUGCCUCUCAGUGAAGAGGAGAAUGAUUUUCCCAUUGCCUACUCCAUGGUGAUCCACGAGAAGAUUGAGAUGUUUGAGCGACUUCUACGAGCUCUUUACGCUCCUCAGAACAUCUACUGUGUGCAUGUGGAUCAAAAAUCCUCAAAAGAAUUUCAGAAGGCAGUGGAGGCUAUUGUUGCAUGUCUUCCCAAUGUGUUUUUAGCCAGUAAAUUAGAAAUUGUGGUAUAUGCUUCAUGGUCCCGGGUGCAGGCAGAUCUGAACUGCAUGAAAGAUCUGCUGAACUCACACAUCCAGUGGAGGUACUUGCUCAACACCUGUGGGUCGGAUUUCCCCAUCAAAACCAACGGAGAGAUUGUUAAGGCACUGAAGGCCCUAAAUGGAAGAAACAGCCUGGAGUCUGAGGCCACUAGUGACAGCAAGAAAGGCCGUUGGAUGUAUCAUUACAAUGUCGACAACUCUGUAAUUUGGACAAAUGUGAGGAAAAGUCCUCCACCCAUUAGCAGCCCCAUGUUCUCAGGGAAUGCCUACUUUGUGGUCACAAGAGCCUUUGUGAAACACGUGAUGCAGGACAGAGAGGUUCGGAAAUUUCUGGAGUGGGAGAAGGACACAUACAGCCCUGACGAGCACUUGUGGGCCACUCUACAGAGGAUGCCCUCUAUUCCCGGAUCAGUGCCUGCAAACAUCAAGUAUGAUGUGUCAGACAUGCAUGCCCUCGCUCGUGUGGUGAAGUGGAGCUAUUUAGCAGGUGAUAUGAAAAAUGGAGCCCCAUACUCUCCUUGCACUGGUGCUUACAGGCGAGCUGUUUGUGUGUAUGGCGCUGGUGACCUCCACUGGCUCCUGAGACAACACCACCUCCUUGCAAAUAAGUUUGACCCUGAAAUUGAUGAUAUUGCCAUUAGAUGUAUGGAGGCAGUACUGCAUUUCAAAGCUUUAGGCCAUGACCCACAGUUAACAGGUCAAUCUUCUACCGUUUUGUAAUACUUAGAAUCACUUGAAAUGUAAAAUAUGAUGUUAAGGCAAUACGCCAGUUACAACAGGUAAAUAUUAUAGAAAUCAUAUUAAUUUAUUA